GAUAAAAAGAGGGAAAGAGCCCUGCUCGAUCUUUAAGAUUUUAGCAACAAUGCUGAAUCCAACAAUCAGCAAGUUUGUCAGAAUAUUGGCUGUGGUUCAAAUUUCAGAAACUACUAGAGGCUUGCUUUGGUCCUUCAGAAAUAAAUCUUCUGCAUCUCUUUAAUUUGUUCUUUUCUUUCUGAACAACAGUGCAAUCAAGUACAUCAGAUCAGAUUUACAAGCCAAGAUUGCAAGCCAUGUCAUAGAUAAUCAAGGUUUGAUUUUAGGUCAAAGCAAGAGAAGACACUAGUGAACUAUUGGUAUUCUCUGAAAGCAAUACAUCCCUUUCUCUAUGUUAUGAUUUUACACCAUAAGGCAUACAUUGCUGAAAGUCUGAAAUGUUGCGUCUUUAAGAUUUAUAUGGACAUUGAUACAAGAAGUAGCAUUCCAGUUAGAUAUAUAAAUUUGCAAGGCAAAAUAUCUUCUGAAAUUUAUAUGUAGGUCAUCUUUCUAAUUUUGUUUAUCUUUUUUUAAAAAACUGCAGUUCAAUCGGUAUUUUAAUAGAAUGGACAAAAGUUGGAUAAAUAAGUUAAGAUCUAGUGCUGAAUAUUUAGAUGGAGUUCAGAAUUUCAUUAAGUUUGCUUUUGAGAAAUCUAAUAUGAACGGGAAGAUUUUAUGUCCAUGUUAAAAAUGUGUAAACAGUUCUGCUCUUGAUCCAAAAAUUGUUGAAGAACAUUUGGUAUGGAAUGGUUUUCUAAAGGGUUAUACUGAAUGGGUACUCCAUGGAGAGUUCAUACCUUCAUGUAACCAACCCUCCGAUCUAGAAGACACCUUCAAUUUUGGAUGUAGUGACACGAAACAAAAUUCUGUAGAAGAAGAUGAUAUAAGGGGCCUACUUGAUAUUUAUUUUAAAAAUUUAUUGUUGAAGGUUUCUUAUGCGCUUAAAAGAUUAUGCACGCAAUCGAGCCUAUCCCGAGGGCUCGAUUGCUGAAGGAUAUAUUGCUGAGGAGUGUUUGACAUUUCGUUCGAGAUAUCUUGAAGGUGUUAAAACGGUUUUCAAUCGACCUCAAAGGAAUUGUGAUAUCAUAAAGAAUGCAGAUGUUUACAAGUUCUCAUCUGGUGGAAGAGUUUUGGGAAAAGUUGAAAGUGUUGGUUGUUCUUGACCAGAAAUCGUUGGCACAAGCACAUCGCUAUGUCUUACUUCAUAGUGAUAUAAUAUCUGAGUCUCGCAGAGAAUUUUUAAUAGCUCAGCGAAGUCUCAACCAUAACAUUCGUCCUACACCAAGGAUUGAGCAACGAUGGUUGGUUGAAUUAUUUCCAGAAUGGCUUUUCAAACAGGUACCAGUGAUGAUGGAGAGGAAUUGUUCUGAGGAGUUAAUAGUCAUUGCUCGAGGUCCGAAUAAUAUUGUCAACAAAUAUGAUGGGUUCAUUAUAAAUAGUUUUAAAUUUCAUACUAAAGAGCAUGAGAAAUUUAGAAAAACCCAAAAUAGUGGAGUUAUGGUUGAGGCGGACGGAAAAAAUUAUUAUGGUGCUCUAACAGAUAUUUAUGAGCAGGAUUAUUAUGGAAAUUUUAAGGUAGUAUUAUUUCGAUGUGAUUGGGUGAAUAUAAACUCACCUAGAGGUUUGAGGCAAGACAUAAAUGGAUUCACACUUGUAAAUUUUUCAAGGUUGAUACAUACUGGUGUGUUAUUGAAAGAUGAUCCAUUUGUUUUUUCAUCUCAAGCUCGAUAAGUAUUUUUUGUGCAAGACUCAAAAGAUAAAAAUUGGUCUCUUGUUAUUAAAACGAAACCUAGGGACUUGUAUGAUAUGGGAAAAAAGUUGGAAGAGGAGGACGAUGAUACUUAUACUCAGUGUAUUCCUUAUAAUGUUG